GAAGGAAGAAUGAGGAAGGACUCGCACGCACAUUUCGGCUCUCUCAGAUUUGCUGAUAAAGCAUCAGCUAUUUGAUCGGUACGGGUCUGUCUGUGGGGAAAAUACGCGUAUGGAAAUUAUAGGGUGAAUAUAAUACUCACGCGGGUCUCAUAUCUUUCCUGCAUCUCGUGUAUAAAAACCCAAACUGAUGCGAACUGGGAUACUACUGACGGCUUCCGACACGCACUGUCUCCGUUAACACUCAUCCUGCCUCUAUCACCGAGAUUGACGGACUUCACACUCGGACGGAGCACCGUUACGCAGAAGUUUGUCACCCAUUAAGGAAUGAUGAGGCACCGUGAGAUAUCCCCAUGCCUCUUGCUGGGUUUUCAGUGUCUAGUGUUCAUGGUGAUACUGCUCUGCAGUGUCCGCCAUGUAACAGCGGAACAUGCACAAGACCACAGCCUGGAUCAUAGUUCUCCUGCCAACAAAUCUCUGACCUGUGGUGGUGAUGGACCCGUAUGUGCCCCAGGAGUCAUCCUCCCAGUGUGGAAACCCCAAAACCCUUCCUUUGGGGACAAGGUGGCUCGGGCCACAGUUUACUUUGUGGCACUAGCAUACAUGUUUCUUGGAGUGUCAAUUAUUGCUGACCGCUUCAUGGCAUCCAUCGAGGUCAUCACCUCUCAGGAGAAGGAGAUCACCAUUAAGAAACAAAACGGUGAAACAACCACCACAACUGUACGCAUCUGGAACGAAACCGUGUCCAACCUCACCCUUAUGGCUCUGGGGUCGUCUGCUCCUGAAAUUCUACUCUCAGUCAUUGAGGUGUGUGGCCAUAACUUUGAAGCCGGUGACCUUGGACCCUCUACCAUCGUUGGAAGUGCAGCUUUUAACAUGUUUGUCAUUAUCGGAAUCUGCGUCUACGUGGUACCCGAUGGAGAGCAUCGCAAAGUAAAGCACCUACGUGUUUUCUUUGUCACCGCCACUUGGAGCAUCUUUGCCUACCUGUGGCUAUACCUGAUCUUGGCUGUUAUCUCACCGGGCGUUGUCCAAGUGUGGGAGGGUCUUCUCACUCUUUUCUUCUUUCCCAUUUGUGUGGUCUUUGCUUGGGUCGCUGACCGCCGCCUCCUAUUUUACAAGUAUGUUUACAAGCGCUACCGAGCUGGCAAACACCGUGGCAUGAUCAUUGAGACAGAAGGUGACCGUCCUUUGCCAUCCAAGGUGGAUAUUGAGAUGGAUGGGAAGAUGUUGAACUCUCAUGCAGUGGACUUCUUGGAUGGAACUCUGGCUUUGGACCUGGAGGAUAGGGAUUUGGAUGAGGAGGAAGCCAGACGUGAAAUGGCGAAGAUCCUUAAAGAACUGAAGCAGAAACAUCCAGAUAAAGAGGUGGAGCAGCUGAUCGAACUUGCUAAUUACCAGGUGCUCAGCCAACAGCAGAAGAGCCGUGCAUUCUAUCGAUGCCAAGCGACCCGUUUAAUGACUGGCGCAGGUAACAUUCUGAAAAAACAUGCAGCAGACCAGGCUCGUAAAGCAGUAAGCAUGAACGAAGUACGCAGCGACACUGGAGAGAACGAUCCUAUUUCUAAGAUCUUUUUUGACCCUGGCUCCUACCAGUGCUUGGAAAACUGUGGAACUGUGGCAGUGAAUGUGGUUAGACGUGGAGGCGAUCUCAACCAGACUGUGUCAGUGGAAUUCCGCACAGAAGACGGAACUGCAAAUGCAGGCUCAGACUACGAAUUCACUGAAGGUAUCGUUGUUUUCAAGCCAGGCGAGACUCUGAAGGAGAUCAGAGUUGGAAUUAUUGACGAUGACAUCUUUGAGGAGGAUGAGAACUUCCUUGUCCACCUCAACAAUGUUCGAGUGCUUCAUGAGGAUGCUGAGCCUGAAACCCCUGAAGCCAAUCAUGUGGAGACCAUCGCAACACUUGGUGUGCCCUCCACAGCUACAGUCACCAUCUUUGAUGAUGACCAUGCCGGAAUCUUCACAUUCGAAGAGCCGGUGACCCACGUUAGUGAGAGUGUGGGUGUAAUGGAAGUGAAGGUCCUGCGUACAUCUGGCGCCCGUGGGGUGGUGUCAGUGCCAUAUAAAACCAUUGAGGGAACUGCGCAUGGAGGAGGAGAGGACUUUGAAGACACCCAUGGUCUUCUGGAGUUCCAAAAUGAUGAAAUCUUGAAGACGAUAACAGUAAGGGUUCUCGAUCGAGAGGAAUACAAUAGGCAAUGCAGCUUUUACUUAGAGCUACAGACGCCAUUGUGGAGGAGGAGAGGAUGGACAGUAUACAGAGAGGAGGAGAAAGAGGCGGGGCAGGAAGAGCAGGAUCCUCUGACAGGUGAAGAGGAAGAGGAACGUCGCAUCGCUGAGAUGGGGAAGCCAAUGCUCGGAGAUCACCCCAAACUGGAGAUCAUCAUUGAGGAAUCCUAUGAAUUCAAGAACACUGUUGAUAAGCUGAUUAAAAAGACAAACUUGGCUCUUCUGGUUGGCACCAACAGCUGGAGGGACCAGUUCAUUGAGGCGAUUACAGUCAGUGCUGGUGAGGAUGAUGAUGAUGAAGAAUGUGGAGAGGAAAAGCUCCCGUCCUGUUUCGAUUAUGUCAUGCAUUUCCUUACCGUCUUCUGGAAAGUUCUUUUCGCCUUCGUCCCACCCACCGAUUACUGGAACGGAUGGGCAUGUUUUGUGGUGUCAAUCAUCAUGAUUGGCCUUCUGACAGCAUUCAUCGGAGACCUGGCAUCCCACUUUGGCUGCACCAUUGGACUCAAAGACUCGGUCACUGCAGUGGUGUUUGUGGCUCUAGGCACUUCAGUUCCAGACACAUUUGCCAGCAAAGUGGCCGCGAUACAGGACCAGUAUGCAGACGCGUCCAUUGGAAACGUGACGGGGAGCAACGCCGUAAAUGUCUUCUUGGGCAUCGGAGUGGCCUGGUCCAUUGCCGCCAUCUAUCACAACUCCAAGGGCCACGAGUUUAGGGUGGAGCCGGGUAACCUGGCCUUCUCUGUCACCCUGUUUACCAUUUUCGCCUUCAUCUGCGUGGCGGUGCUAAUGUACCGCCGCCGGCCCGACAUCGGUGGCGAGCUUGGGGGUCCACGGACUGCUAAAGUGCUGACCACCAUGCUUUUCGUCAGCCUCUGGCUCCUCUACAUCCUGUUCUCCUCUCUGGAGGCUUAUUGCCACAUCAAGGGCUUCUAAACACACAUACACACCCUCACAUAAACACACACUCAGAACUACACACCUUCACACAGUGACAUACAUAAAGACUAGUGACUUUGGAGAAAGGCAAACGCGGCGGACUCUGUUUCAAGUUUAUGUGAAUAAUCAUUUCCGCAAACCAUCGGUCAGUUCUUCUGUUAUCUACACAUGCCACUCCUACAAUCAUCUUCCUCUGUUUAUUGUGUGUGCUGAAUGACUGCAUCUGACUGGACGAUCUUUCGCUUAUUUAAAGGGCCGUGACCACAAUGUUUAAACAUCAACAAAUAAGACUAUGAAAGCUAAUAUUGCUACCUUUAACUACUGUAGUUGUGCUUUUUAAAUCUAAUCCAGUGUAAAAGCCAAGUGGGGAAAAUAGCAGCCACUUGGCUGUGGGGAAACUGUGGAAUCUGUAAGCUCCUUUCAUUGUGCCAUGGAACUCUGAGUUAUGUAAUUCAGUGUUAUAGGCUGUGUGUGUUAUAGGUUUGUUGUCUUUAUGGGAAUAUUGGUUUAGUUGUAAGUUGUUUUUCCUGGGUGACAGAGAUACAUACUGCCCUACAAAGCCAAAACACAGUAACUACACCAACACUGAAACUGAGAAAAAUGGCUUUUUGGAUUGUAAAGCCAAAUGUGGACUAUGAAAGUCUUGCUCUGUUUUCUCUGAAUCUAAGCAGCUGAGCCAAACCUGUCUGGGAAGGUCAUAGUGUAAGAGCCCACAUUUCAGUCAUAACUAAAUUUUGACUAAAUGUGUAGUUACUGCAUUUUGGUUUUGCAGAGGAUAGUACUCCUAGAAUUUGUAAAUAGACAAAAUUGCAUAACUUUUUGGGGUUUAGAGAUUAUGAGCACAGUUGUAGUUGUUUGACCUGUAAUCAGAGUGGUCCUAACAAAAAGUGGUCAGCUGCUGCCUUGGACAUCCUCCUAAACAGCUUAAUGUUGUUGUCAAGAGCAGCUCUGUGUACUGUAGCUAGUUUCUGUGAAGGCCAGUUUUUAACCCAACUUGCAAUGGUGGAGUUAAUUUCCUACAUUUUCAGCAACAGUUCAGUUCAGAAAGGAAUCAGUUAUACAAUAAGGAGAGUGUAGUGUGGACAGCUAUAAUCUCUCCCAGCUUUAGAGACCAGAGGUGCACUAGUGCAAGACUUUGAUUGAAGAGCUUUGAUUUGACAUUCUUAAAGAUCGUAAAGUGCUAUUGAAAGAGCUCAGCAUUAAGGGACCCCUGCUGAAAAGACAGCUUUGACCGGCAUGAAUUUCAGUGCUGGUCAAAGCUAGUUAAUGCUGGUUAGUGCUGGUCAACCAGGCUGGUUAAUGGUUAAUGCUGGUUAUUCAGGCUGGCUAAUGGUUAGUGCAUGUCAACCAGACUGGUUUAUGCUGGUUAUUGCGGGGAAUGUUUAGUGUUGGUAAACUAGUCUGGUUAAUGGUUAAUGCUGGACAACUAUGCUGGUUAAUCCUAGUUAGAGCUGGUCAACCAUGCUGAUUAAAGCUGGCUAGUCCUGGUCAACCAGGCUGGUUAAUAGUUAGUGCUGGUCAACCAGGCUGAUUAAUGGUUAGUGCUGGUCAUUCAGGCUGGUUAAUGCUGGUCAGUGCUAGUAAACCAGGCUGGUUAAUGGUUAUUGCUGGUUAAUCAGCAUAGCCAUGCAAAACUUUGCUGAAUUUCCAUCCUGGUCAGAGUUGGUUAAUGCUGGGCAUUUCGGCUGGUUAAUGGUUAGUGCAUGUCAACCAGGCUGGUUUAUGCUGUUUAGUGUGGGUAAUGGUUAGUGUUGGACAACCAGGCUGGUUAAUGGUUAUUGCUGGCCAACUAUGCUGGUUAAUGCUGGUUAGUGCUGGUCAGCCAGGCUGAAUAAUGGUUAAUGCUGAUCAGCCAAACUGGUUUAUCCUGGUUAGUGCUGGUCAACCAGGCUGCUUAAUUGUUUGUGCUGGUCAGACCUAAUAUAGGAAGUUUCUGUAGUAUGGUCCCAGCAUCCUAAACACAACAUAUACUGGGGACCAGCAAUGUUAGUCUUUUCAGGAGGGACAUCCUUGAUUUUUAAAUAAUACAAACAAUUUAUUGACAUACUGCAGUUUGUUGUAGAUUAGAUUAUUAAUUUAUUUAAUCAGUUUUCAGAUGGAACGUGUAAAUUCAAUGAAGUGAAAUUUGUGCGUGACAUGCUUUUGCCAACAUCACAUCAGGAGUUUACUAUUAUGACUGUUACUUUCCGUCCAAACAAACACACAUUCAUGAACACAUACUGCAACCACAUAAAAAUUAACUGAACAGCAAAAACAGUGGCCAUACCAGACACACUUACAGUCUUACACAUGCAAGCAUUAGAAAUUGGUGGAAACAUACACACUCACUCAUCUAUGUGGAGUUUACGAGGGCACACUCUCCCUCCAACCCUGCUGAGAUUGCUUCUUUGUACUUUGUAGAUUUGCUGCAUACAGAGCUGUAAGGUAAAUAUCGUACAGUAGCCAUGGAUUUAGGAGCAGCCAUUUUAGACAUAGGCCAGUUUUAAAAUCAGAAAUUCUAGAACUAAUCUGAAUUUGACUCUAAACAUCUUUAGAAUAGCAUGG